GACCCAGAAGCUCUUUAAGAACGCGCUUUGGCGUAUCAUGUCCGUCACCAGAAACACUUCUUCUGGGAUUCGAACGCGUGAUCUGUUUUAUGUCAAAGCAUGUCCGUGUCAAUUAUACAGGAGAAGAGUUAUAGCUUGUUAUUUAAAUUAGCGGUGAUGGUAGUCAAAGCAACAGAUUCCCAUUGUCAGGGCUUGAAACCCUAGAAGCUUGUUUAACAUGGGGGGAUUGACUUUGAAUCUGGGUAAAUCAAAGUUCAUAGCUUGUUACUUUGAAUCUUUCAACAGAUAAGAGGUCCGUGUACGUCAGGGGCUAUUUGUAUAUUUAUACAGGGGAAGAGGUUUUGUGGGAUUCGAACCUGUGACAUCUUGAGUACCUAAGGUGCAAACAAGAGAGAAACAUAGUGCCUGGAAGAUUGGAGACAAUUGUUGUAAAUAGGCGGUCUUUCAAAUUUUAAGCCGAAAGAAUUCUUCACCAUUUUGCCGGGUGUGCAGAAGUGAGAUUCUUAGGCUUUUGAGUUGAUUCUUUUGAGAGCAGGCCGAGGUGAGAUUAUUGGACUUUUAUUUUUUGCAGAGCAGGUGAUUGUUUCUUUGAAAUCAAGUGUAGUUUUGUUUGUGAAAAGUGGCCUUGAAUUUUUGACUGUAAGUGAAGUGAUUUGAUUGAACUUUUGUUAAAGCAAAGGCUCUAAGAUUGUUGAAAUUUUUUUCUGGCUUCCAGACUGUUGGACUCAGAAUAUUUGUAUUUAAGUGAGAUAAGGCUGUUUGAGAGUUUUUAUAGGUAGAUGAACUUUUUAAGGCUGCUAAUCUCAUAACUAUUUGAAUUUCUCCUCAGCCAAUCUUUGGUUGUAAGAAAUUUACAGCAGCUUAGCUUUCUUUCAGAGCCAAGCUUAAACUUAGGUUUUCUGGUAAUUUGAGUUUUCUUCCUCGGAAAACUCAUAAGCAAAUUAAAGAAGGAAGCUUUUUUUCUUGUAGGCCUGACGAGCAAAUCCAAAGGUCAACCUUACCUGCAGAUUGAGGCAUGGCGAGUGAAAAGAUCGCACUGCUCGCAAGUCUCUGCUUUGCAGCCCUGGUCUUUUCGAUCAAUGCGGCUUCCAUUUUCAACGAAAGCAGCUCCGAUCUCUCGGGGAUUCGAUUGCCAAACUAUCCAGGGGCAAUUCUAGGAGACGAAACUCCUGGCUGCAAUCAAUUCUCAGCAGGCUACAACGAAAAGGCAGCACCAGAUAAACAGAAAAAAAGCUCACCCCUGCGAGUCAAGCUCCUGCACAGCAAGCACAAGAAGCAAAACGAGUCCAAAUCCAGAAAAGCCCUGCUGUUCGAGUCCCUCGCCAGGGAUCGAACCCGGGUCGAUGCAUUCCACCAGAGGCUCAAAACCAGAUCCCAAUCCAACGUGGCAGAACCCAAAUCCGACGUGGCGGGUUACGCCUCAGAAAUCGCCGUGCCUGGGCCCAAUAACCAAUCCCACUUCGCCAACUCUUCCGCCACGACGGCCACCUUGGUUGCCAGCGUGGAAUCUGGCGUGUCAGUGGGGUCAGGCGAAUACUUCAUGGACGUGUUCAUCGGCACACCGCCACGUCACUUCUCGCUCAUUCUGGACACCGGCAGCGACCUCAACUGGGUGCAGUGCCUGCCUUGCCAAGACUGCUACCCACAAGAAGGACCCCUCUACAACGCUUCCACGUCAUCAACCUACCGGCCCGUCCCGUGUAACACUCCUCAAUGCAACCUGGUCACCGACGUCACCGGUAACACCUGCAAUUCAACGGCCUCCACGUGCCCGUACUUUUACUGGUACGGAGACCGCUCCAACACAACGGGAGAGCUCGCCUUCGAGACCUUCACGGUCAACCUCACCUCACACGCCAAACCGGUAGCGGUUCCCGACAUUCUCUUCGGCUGCGGUCACGCAAACCGCGGGCUCUUCCAUGGCGCCGCCGGUCUCCUUGGCCUUGGCCGCGGACAGCUGUCCUUUGCCUCUCAGCUGCGCAAGCACCACGGCCACAAAUUCUCCUACUGUCUCGUUGACCGCAACAGCAACCUGUCGGUCACCAGCACACUAAUCUUCGGCGAAGACCGACACCUCAUCAGUCACCCAGACCUGAAAUUCACCACUCUGGUAAAAAACCCUGCUGCUGCAGUCGACACAUUUUACUACCUCAAUGUCUCCACAGUCACCGUCGGCGGCACACCUGUGAACGCCUCUGUACAGGCAUGGAACAUCGACAAAGCUUCCGGCGCCGGCGGUUUAAUCAUCGAUUCCGGCACAACCCUUACUUAUUUAGCAGAGCCCGCCUACAGUCAGCUAAAGGCGGCUUUCGAGGCGAAAAUUCCUUACAAUCGGACGGAAUUUGCCCCUCUGGAGCUCUGCUACAAUGUUUCUGGCGUGGAGGACGUGAAGCUGCCGGAAUUCAGCGUGCUUUUCCACGACGGCGUCGCGUGGAAGUUUCCGGUAGAGAAUUAUUUUAUUCAGCCAGAUCCUGACGAGAGUGUGGUGUGCCUGGCCGUUUUAGGAACUCCGAUGGAUUCACUUUCAAUUCUGGGAAAUUAUCAGCAGCAGAAUUUCCACGUGCUUUACGAUGUGGACAACUCGCGACUGGGAUUCGCACCAAUGGCCUGCGACAAACUUUCAGUAAAAUAGAGUAUUAUUUGAUUUGGGAUUUUAGAUGUACAUGAUACAGACUCCCGGUGAUUCGAACCUCACCCGUACGUUUCAGUUGUCAAUAUUCUUUAUUUAUUUAAUUUUUAUUUUAGGAUUCGUCUUUCAUUUUUAUGUAAUAAACAGGGAAGAUGAUCUUAUUCUGUUAAAUUUGUUAAGGUUUCAGAAUAAAAAUUCUUUUUGAGGAUUUGAUUUUCCUUUGA